GUCAUGUCUCACACUGCUGUACAGGGAAGCAUGGGGAGUCGCCAUGCCACAGGAAUGAGCUCCUAUAGGAUAUAUCUGUUUGAGUUCGAGAAUUUCCAAGGGCACAUGAUGGAGCUGAGUGGAGAGUGUCGGAAUAUCUGUGAGCGUCUGAACCGAGUGGGUUCCAUCAGAGUGGAGUGUGGGCCAUGGGUGGGUUAUGAGCAGCAGAACAUGUGUGGUGAGAUGUUUAUCCUGGAGAAGGGAGAAUACCCUCGCUGGGACACUUGGUCCAACAGUUACCGCUGUGACCAUUUCAUGUCUGUCCGACCAGUUCGAAUGGACCUACAAGACCAUAAGAUCUGUCUAUACGACUGCAUUAAUUUUGACGGCCGUAAGAUGGAAGUUUGCGAUGAGGACGUCCCAAGUAUGUGGGGUUUUGGCUUCCAGGACAAAGUAGCAAGCAUCCAAGUUAAUGGUGGAACGUGGGUUGGGUACCAGUACCCUGGUUACCGUGGAUACCAGUACCUGUUUGAGUAUGGAUCCUAUAAGCACUGGAACGAAUGGGGUGCCAGUUUUCCCCAGAUCCAGUCUGUGCGUAGAAUAAGAGACAUGCAGACGCAUCACAGAGGCUGCUUUGAGAUGACGGCAUAAACACAGACAAACAGCAUGAACAGGUGGAUGC